UUCCAUUCCACUGAAUCAGCUCACUCAGUGUAUCGUUGAGCCAGCCAUGGUCAGUCCAUCCCACAUAUGCAUGGACACGCACGGACGGGUCCCACUUUCAUGCACCAGAACGUUGAUGACGGUACCCAUCCUCCCCUAACCCCCUGUCCCAAGCUCACAUAGUGAAGGCGCUAGCCUGCAUACUUCUCUGGCUCGGCUGGCCACCCGCCCCUUUGUGUGGGUUGAGGGUUGAGGCCAAGAAGUUGACACAUGCAGCAAAGUCCGUCGCCUUUUGAGCGGUGGGGAAAACCAAUACCAACUGAAUCGACAAAGAGGGACACACACAUACUCCAUCGAUUCCGUGCAUGUGUCCCAGCCCUCACCUUUUUCUUCUGCAAAAGCCCCGGCACGCGUCUCAUGUUGACGGUGACGACGCUCUCGACGUACGUCCGGCUCCUGGUCACUGACCCCCUCCUUUGGAUGAUCACACUGCCCCUCCGCUGCCCCUGCUCUUGAAUGGUCUCCCUGUUGUCCAGUGUGACCUCCAUCAUCUCAGAAAAGGGGUAGCGUGAGGCGCCCUUUGCCCCCUGCAGCACCAAGGCCCGCCUGUCCAUAUCGAGGUACACCCUUCGGCGGUAGUAGGCAUGGCUGCCAACCAGCUUUUGCAGCAUCACGCCGGGCGUGUAUGUGCGGACAAACUCCUCCAUCUGCCGCUGCACCUGCACUUUAAGGAAGAGCUGGUUGGAGUCGCCGUCGAUGCCUCCCGACAGACCCAAAGCCUCCAUCUCCUCAGUCUCGCCCUCACGCAGCGUCCGCUUCCGUCGCCUUCUCCCCCCGCCCAGCAACAGAAUGGGAUCCUCGACAUCAGUGACUCGGACGGGUGCCUGUAGGAGAGGCAAAGCGGGGUCGUUGACGCUAGCCGUCUUGACGGAAAGCAGCGCAUCGAACUUGACCAGCUCCCCGGGCUCUUGCGGCACUUGCUGCUGGGGCUUUGCCAAUGUUGCGGCGAGGAGGAUGGCCCCCGUUGCUUUUUUGAGCCCGCCUCUCCGAGUCGGCUGGUCUGAUGAAGGGGUGGGAGCCGAUGGGGCCUCCUCGCCAGGUGUCAGGAACCUCACAUGCUCCUUCUGUUCAGGCUUUUUGUCUUCCUCGUCGCUUUUGGGUUCGCUGAAGCCCACCGACUUGUCGCCCCCUCGAACGUCCUCUCCGUCUUCUUUCCUCACAGCUGAGUCCGACGCAGGCUCUUCGGGCCUCCGAUGACGCCUGAAGCUCCUUCUUGCGUCAGAUUUGCCGGUUCGUGCCUCUGGUGGCCGCCAUGUGUUGAGCCCGGCGGCAUCUUUGACGCUACCUUUGAUCAGCAGUUCGUCGUCCUUGUCUGGCUUACUGAUGCGGCACAAGGCAAACAUGACUUUCCG